AAACCUCUCUCUCUCUCUCUCUCUCCAGAAUGGCAGUCCAACUGCAGUUGAAGAAUUUUCAUGGCGAUCGAUGCGGAGCUUUGUCUUUCCCGAACUCGCGCUCGGUGCCAGAACACGUCGGCGCUCCUAAUCGGAGCCGCUCCUGCUCCGUCGGCUCUUUCGUGCCGGCGAGACGCUUCGGAGUCUUAGCUCUUGCGGUGAAGAGAAGCCCCAAGCGCCUGAAAUACGCCACUCCUCGCUUCACCAAGGAGGGUGGGUUGCUGUAUGUUGAAGUUGAUCCCAUUGGAGGAGACAGUUGGAAAUUGGAUCCCGUGGUUGAUCUUCUGAAAGAAGGGGCUGUUGGGGUGAUUCCUACAGACACAAUAUACGCCAUAGUUUGCGACUUGAAGAGCCCUUCAGCAAUUGAAAGACUUAGGAGAAUCAAAGAGAUAUCUCCUUCCAAGCCUCUUAGUAUAUUGUGUCGCUCCUUCCGUGACAUUGAUACAUACACAACGGGAUUCCCUCGUGGUGAUGGUCAAGGACAUACGAAUAUAUUUCGAGCUGCAAAACAUUGCUUACCUGGCCCUUAUACUUUCAUUUUAACUGCAAGCAAAGAGUUGCCAAAACAAUGCACUAGGUACGGGACUACAGCUGCCAAAUAUGCUCAUAGGAAAAGUGUUGGCGUUCGAAUUCCUGAUGAUGCCAUAUGUCAAGCCAUAUUAGAGAGGAUGGAUUCACCCUUAAUUUCGACCAGUGUCAAGGGGCCAAAGGAUGACGAGUGGAUGAUAGAUCCAGUUGUCAUAGCUGAUAGUUAUGGACCAGAGGGCCUUGACUUUGUGGUUGAUGGAGGCAUCAGAGUGGCUGACCCAUCUACUGUGGUUGAUAUGACGGGACAUUACCCGAAAAUCCUACGGCAAGGGAAGGGACCUAAAUUGCCCUGGAUGGUGGCUGAAGACGAUUACGAAGCUGCGGACAGCGAGAAGGAUCUCAUUGCUGUCGCUACUUGAUCUGUGCAUCUUGACCGAUGGUAUGUAUAGUUCCUAAUGCACACUGGGGGCAUCAGGAGUACUGAUCAUGUGUAAAAAGGAGGCCUCUAUAGUACAGGGAGACAGAAGCAACAAUUUAUUGUUGCUGGUGUAAGUGAAGAGAACAGCAAUGAUUGUAAAUAUCAUGUAACUACUAACAGCUGUCCUUAAAAGACUAUUUCGAUCUUUUGACCGUUUGUCCAAA